ACGAGCUGUCAUUUGAGGGUGAAUGUUGUCUGACAGUUGACGAAGCGAAGCUGCUCCUGGACAAGAUACAGCGAGCUCUGGACGAAGGCUCAUCGACACCAGACUUCCAUAGAAGGGCGAUACAAAUGUUGAUCAAGCUUUCGUCUGAUUGGAACGUCUUCCCGCCCUCCCUGUUUAUCAGCGCGGCCCGGCGUGUCGGCGAUGAGCCAGUGUUCAUGGGUGGCUUCGCAGACAUCUUCAAAGGAUACGUGGGGAGCAUGCCGGUUGCGCUGAAGCGCAUGAGGGUGCACGCUGUGUCGGCACGACAGAGAAAUGGUAUACACACCGCCUUAUGUCGAGAAGCUCUUCCAUGGCGUCAAUUGAAACAUCCCAAUAUCCUGCCUUUCCUCGGUAUCGAUUCGGAAACGUCUUCGCCUUGGCUAUGCCUUGUGGCACCCUGGGUGCGACACGGCAACCUCAACAGCUACGUUGAAGCCCACGAUUCUCCUCUGCAAGAGGUUCAUAGGUUGCUUCUCGAAGUUGCGCGGGGCUUACUAUACCUUCAUUCGGAGUACCUUGUGCAUGGCGACCUCCGUGGGGCGAACAUUCUUGUGGACGAUGGAUAUCACGCCUUGUUGGCGGACUUCGGACUCAUCGGGUGGACCAAGGCCACAGACGCCGGGGGACAUACAUAUGGACGCGGCUCGUAUCGCUGGAUGGCUCCGGAGUUACUCGAUCCUUACAGCGACGGGAAUAGCGCCUUUGCACGAACGGCUGCAAGUGACGUUUACGCAUUCGCAUGCACGUUUCUGGAAGCGUAUACUCGAAAACCACCUUUUUCGCAUAUAGCAACCGAAAUGGGAGUCGUCGCUCGCGUCAUGUCGGGUGAAAGGCUAGGCCGACCUACCGAUGUUACCCAUGGAUCUGGCGAUACCUUGCCUGAUGACACUUGGCGGAUGCUUGAAGCCUGUUCGUCACCGAGUGCUGAAUUGAGGCCCUCUACAGCAGAGGUCGUUCGAUUGAUGGAGCUCCCGCCCAUCGAAGUUGUUCCCAAUGAUGAUGAACGGUCGUCGCGUCCCUUUACCAGUGAAACGGUCGAUCACGAAUGCUCAGCUCGACCACAAUUUGUCAGAGUACGGAGCCAAUUGUCAGAGGCCAGAAUAGAUGCACGUCUGGACCUCCAGACACUUGUUCUACCCAUCACCGUCCUGCUAGCAGACGGUACGCACCUAGACACCUUGUCCCGGUUCCUUCAAGAUUUGCGCAUCAAGCAUGAGACGGUGCGAGACGGCGCAAACGCUGUGCGCAGAUGGACCGCUGGAGGCAUUGACCUCAUUCUGAUGGCCAACAAUUUGUCCGUUAUGACCGGUUUCACGGCGACAAGAGAGAUACGGCGGCUUGAACAGUCCUUGUCCGUACCGCGCUUGCGUUACAUGGAGGGAAGGAUAUCGGUAAUAGUUGGUCGACCCACCGUUAUCAUCGUUGCGAUGAUCGCGCCGUCCGGCCAGGCCGAGCAAGUCGAGGCCCUUGCCGCGGGAUGCAACGAUUUUCUCUAUAAGCCCGUCGACCUGACUUGGCUCAGACAGAAGGUCAUCGAAUGGGGCUCCAUGAAAGCCCUGGAGAAGUGGGUGGAGGGGCGCGCGGAUCGUUCUGCCUCCUCUUCCCCUGACCACGAAAUCCCUGUCUCUCCACCUUCUGUUACGAGGAAAGAUGCACCCCCCGUUGCCACUGGCUCCCGGUCUCGCCAACCAGUAUACUCUGGAAGAGCGGAUAAGUUCCGGAUAGAAGAUGUAUCUCAGUUAUCAGGGUCAGAGGCAGGAUUCAUUCGCUCUCUCCGCGCAGGAUCUGGGUACGUCUCAGGAUCGCGUGGGGUACAGUCGACUCCCCUUCGGGAAGGUGAGGAUGCCGGCGACUCUGGAGAACCUUUUGCACCCGAAGCGUCUCCACAAACCGGCGUCGUCGUCGCUCAUCCUGACGGAAGACCGCUAGGGAUCAUGUUCCAUCCAAGGCCCAGAAAAACGGACGCCUGAGGAACCUGUACGAGCCUCAUUGCACCGCGACCGCCGUUUACACGAUGGCUCUUCCGAACUCAAUUCCGCUCGUGUAGGAGUGCGGACCAUGCAUGUGGAUCCGUCAAUCGUCGGCGCAACAGCCGCUCGCUGUUGAAUGGAAGAGCGCGCAUCGAGGGCUACGGAUGUGCGGAUCGAUACCCAGAUGCAUUAGGGACCAGGCGGGUCGUAUGCAUAACCGACCACGCGCACUGCAGCGGUGCGAUAGGAUGUGAUCUGGUACAGUGGACACUUUGAUCUCGGUUUGCACAGCGGAUGCUCUAGAUCUUUGACGGCGUUACUACCUUGCGUUCGCUGCGGAGCUAUGUAGAAGGACUGAAUUCUUUUCAUGUUUGCGAUAUCGGUGUACCGCCUAUAUACGCGUACGAGAUCACUGCC